AUGAAACUGUUUGAGCAGAUUUGUGAGCGUUUCCAACUGGGAUUUCCUUAUUCUUGGGAAGAACUUGCCACCCAAUUGUGUGGUGAAGAGUCUGCUAACAGAGGUAGUCCUCGGGGAAAAUUGGGGUUUGAUGAGCCCGAAGUGUCUUCUGGCAUCACUGCAAAAGCUGCUUCGGUUUCUUUUGAUGAUCUCCCAGUGACAAGGAUACGUGAUAUUCUAAUGCACCCUCUUGGAGAUUCCAAAGAUUGUGUACUUGCUGAUAUGCUAGAACAAUCCUGCAGCAAUGAUGUCAAACUCUCUCCAAUAUCAACCAAUCCAGACUCAAAGAAUCCAGUCACAAUGGCAAAGACCGUGGUGGAUGAAACUCCAAGGACGUGUAAGAGGAAAGCUGGCCAGAAGUACAAAGAUGGUGGUAAAAUUCCACGUACAGUUGAUACAGUAAUGGGGGAAUGCAUUACACCAAGCAGAGGAAUUGUUACAAGAAGCAUGUCUAGAUUGAGGAAUCUUACAGAAAUACGAGAAGAAACUCCCUUAUCAAACGAUACUGCCUCCUGCAAAGCAUUCAGAAACGACCCAGAUAAGGUUUUGCUAUGCUCUUCCAUCAAGAGUAAAGAUAAUAAUUUUCCUUCAACAUCAGAGGUCACUAAGAGCCAGUCCAGAGUGAUGAGGGGUACGAGUGCUGGGAAAGAUAGCUGUUCUACCAUAUCUAGAUUGAUGGAUGAUAGAAAAAUGAAGGAAAAAAAUCUCUCAUCAAACUCUACUGUCACAUGCAAAGCAUUCAGAAACUUCCCAGAAAAGGUUUUGCUACACGCUUCCAUCAAGAGUAAAGAUAAUGCUUUUCUUUCAACAUCUGAAGCCACUAAGAACGGGUCCAGAGGGAUGAUAAGUACAAGGGCGAGGAAAGGUAGUUGGGCUACCACAUCAUCCGAGAAAGUCAUGGAAGCCCCUGUUGUGUCUUCAGUCAGAAGGUCAAGUAGAAGGUGCAAUAUCCGGAAGGAUUAUCGUGUGAAAUAG